CCCCAGGUCAAAAUGAAUGAUGAGUGAAGAAUGUCCCAUUUUCACAAGUGGCCACAGAGAACACGAUGCAGAGUACAGAAUUGGCCAGCUGUACAUGAUAAGCAAGCAUAGCCAUGAGCAGAGCGACCGAGGUGAAGGUGUGGAAGUGGUGCACAAUGAACCCUAUGAAGAUCCAAACCAUGGCAAUGGUCAGCUAACAGAAAAACGUGUCUAUCUCAACAGCAAACUGCCUAGCUGGGCUAGAGCCGUUGUUCCCAAAAUAUUUUAUGUUACAGAGAAAGCUUGGAAUUAUUAUCCUUAUACAAUCACAGAAUACACAUGUUCAUUUUUGCCUAAAUUCUCCAUUCACAUAGAGACAAAAUACGAGGACAACAAAGGAAGCAAUGACAGUAUUUUUGACAAAGAAGCUAAAGACCUGGAGAGAGAAGUCUGCUUUAUUGAUAUUGCCAGUGAUGAAAUUCCCGAGCGCUAUUACAAGGAAUCAGAGGAUCCUAAAUAUUUCAAGUCACAGAAGACUGGGAGAGGCCAGUUAAAAGAAGGCUGGAGAGAGACACAUCAGCCCAUCAUGUGUUCCUACAAGCUUGUGACUGUGAAAUUUGAAGUCUGGGGGCUUCAAACCAGAGUAGAGCAAUUUGUACACAAGGUCGUCAGAGAUAUACUAUUGAUUGGUCACCGGCAGGCAUUUGCCUGGGUUGAUGAGUGGUACGAUAUGACUAUGGAUGAUGUUCGAGAAUACGAGAAAAACAUGCAUGAAAAAACCAACAUUAAAGUUUGCAACCAACAUUCAUCUACUGUGGAUGAAAUAGAGAGCCAUGCCAAAGCAAGAACAUGACAAUGGAUGAAGUCCGAGAGUUUGAACGAGCAACUCAGGAAGCCACCAACAAGAAGAUUGGGAUUUUCCCACCUGCAAUAUCUAUCUCUAACACUUCCAUGCCUUCUUCAACCCGCAGUGCUCCAUCUAGUGCUCCA